GACAGCUCGAGCUCCUCUCCUCGCGGUUACGGUAGAGCACACUGGAUUGAACCAUCAGUGAACUGACAACGGGACUAUUAGCGCUCUGGAAAAAGGGUCGGGAAAAGCAGAAUUUUAUAUUUUCUUUUCAUUUGAAGGCUACGUUUCUCUGUAAGGACCCGUUGACAGCAGAGCCAGGAUGGAUGCUAAAGGCAUAUUCUCACUUCUGUUGCUGUGUUCUGUCACUGAGCUGUGUGUGUUGGCAAUCCCUGAGGGGAAUGACUCCCAGCAACAGCAGCAUACCCAGAACGUCUACCACGACAUCGGUGUCACCAGGAACACCAUAGUAACUGCUCAGUUUGAGUGCUAUCAGAAGAUCAUGAAAAACGACAAACACAACAAAAUAGGGCCAGUUUGUAACAGGACGUGGGAUGGCUGGCUGUGCUGGGAGGACACAGAGGCAGGCUUCACUACAAACCAACACUGUCCAGACUACUUCCAAGACUUUGACACAGCAGAAAUGGCAUCCAAAGUGUGCAGUGAAACGGGUAAUUGGUUUCUACACCCGGAGAGCAACAGGACAUGGACAAACUACACCAAAUGUACGGCAUACACCAGCGCAGGAAGAGUGACAGCGAUGAAUCUCUACUACCUGGUUCUGAUUGGACAUGGACUGUCGCUAACAUCAUUGUUCUUCUCAUUGGGAAUAUUUUUCCAUUUCAAGAGUCUAAGCUGCCAGAGGAUAACGCUCCACAAAAACCUAUUCUUUUCGUUUGUGUUGAACUCAGUCAUCACCAUCAUCUGGUUCACAGCGGUGGCUAACAACCAGGGACUAGUGCAGAGCAACCCUGAGAGUAUGAUGACUAACAACCAGGGACUAGUGCAGAGCAACCCUGUGAGCUGUAAGGUGAUCAUGUUUAUUCACCUGUACCUGUUUGGCUGUAACUACUUCUGGAUGCUAUGUGAGGGCAUCUACCUGCACACACUCAUCGUCGUGGCCGUGUUCGCUGAGAAACAACACCUCAUGUGGUACUACCUGCUUGGAUGGGGAUUUCCACUCAUACCUGCAUUGAUACAUGCAAUAGCACGAAGCUACUACUACAAUGAUAAUUGUUGGAUCAGCUCAAACACAUCCCUGCUCUAUAUCAUCCAUGGUCCCAUCUGUGCAGCCCUGCUGGUUAAUCUGUUCUUCCUGUUGAACAUUGUGCGUGUCCUCAUCACCAAACUGAAGGUGACCCAUCAGGCUGAAUCUAGCCUCUACAUGAAGGCUGUGAGAGCCACCCUGAUCCUGGUCCCUCUCCUGGGCAUCCAGUUUGUCUUGUUCCCCUACAAACCCCAGGGACGCUUCGCCUUGGAGAUCUACGACUAUAUUAUGAACAUCCUCAUGCACUACCAGGGUCUCCUGGUUGCCACCAUCUUCUGCUUCUUCAAUGGGGAGGUCCAAGGUGUUUUGCGACGGCACUGGAACCAGCAGAGGAUCCAGUUUGGCAGUAACUUUGCCCACGCAGACGUCUUCCGCUCAGCCUCAUACGUGGCGUCAUCCCUGACGGAGGUGCACCGCUGCUACAGCAUCGACGGGCACACCGAACACAUGAACGGCAAGAACAGCUACCACGACAUCGAGACAGUGACACCCACCAUACUCCGGUCGGACAACCCGUUUGCCUGAGGCCUGAGGCUGAAGGUCGGAAGUUGCGGGCCUUGGGUCUGUACAGUUACACAGUGGCAGUUAAACUUUCAGUUGAAAUGGCUGCAGACAAUUUGGAACUCUUUUUCCACCAUAUUCUAGAACAUUUUCUCAAACUCUUUGGCAGUAGCCUUCACAGCAAUUGGAUGAUGGUGAAAAAGUACAUGAAUGUUUAUAGGGAGCACUACUCAACCUCUUGAUUUGGUAAAUACAGUUACCUUCAACUGAUUCACUUUAACUUUACGAGGACUGAAUAGGCACUUAACUGGAGACACCUGUGUAAAGGAACGGACACUACCUACACUACCUUAAGGGUUUUAGCGUAAAUAAUGGACACUACCUUCACUACCUUAAGGGUUUUAGCAUAAAUAAUGGACACUAUCUACACUACCUUAAGGGUUUUAGUGUAAGGAAUAAAUCUUUCCGUUUCAUCCUGUGGACUGAAGAGCCUGCGACUGGACAACAACCUCUAACCCAAGAGCCUGAGACUCUACAACAACCUCUAACCCAAGAGCCUGAGACUCUACAACAACCUCUAACCCAAGAGCCUGAGACUCUACAACAACCUCUAACCCAAGAACCUGAGACUUUACAACAUCCUCUAACCCAAGAACCUGAGACUCUACAACAACCUCUAACCCAAGAACCUAAGACUCUACAACAACCUCUAACCCAAGAGCCUGAGACUCUACAACAACCUCUAACCCAAUAACCUGAGACUCUACAACAUCCUCUAACCCAAGAACCUGAGACUCUACAACAACCUCUAACCCAAUAACCUGAGACUCUACAACAUCCUCUAACCCAAGAGCCUGAGACUGUACAACAACCUCUAACCCAAGAGCCUGAGACUCUACAACAACCUCUAACCCAAGAACCUGAGACUCUACAACAUCCUCUAACCCAAGAGCCUGAGACUGUACAACAACCUCUAACCCAAGAGCCUGAGACUCUACAACAACCUCUAACCCAAGAGCCUGAGACUCUACAACAACCUCUAACCCAAGAGGAGUACAGUGCAAUUAACUUGUUGGGCCUACUGGUGAUAUAAUUACUUCCAUUCUGUAAAGGACAAAUGAAACCUAAUGUACAUGGACCUUAAGCACUGGAUUAUGUAUUAAGAUGGGCAGGCUCUUUAUGGCUCUCUUUAUGACAAGUAACUAAAGGUCACAGUGGAUGUUUUGAUACAGUGUACAGUUACAAUUGUUUUCUUUUACAGCAAUUAGCAUUGAAUAUGUUACCAUGUGUUGUUGUCUGUGGUUUGAAUUUGCAUGGUCAUUGAUGGCUACUUAUUUAUAACUAUGUUACAGUAGUACAAGAUGGACCACCCAUUAGAAUGUUAAUUUCCUGUCAAUGUAUUUCCCUGCCCAGCGGUCUUCUCCCUUCUGUCUAGACUAGGAUUUAGUCCCUCUGUGGGAUUUUAUGUCUGGCACAUAAAAUGACCUUGGUUUUGCCUCAGUUUUAUCUGUCAUAGUUGAAAGUAUGUAAGUCUUGUUUAAGUAUGUAAGUAUUUUUUUUUCAUAAAGUUGCUUCAUAUCCAAAUGCUGGAGAGAAUUCUGCUCACACGUGGAAACUUAAUGUAGAGUGAGAGAGAGCGCGUAAGAGAGAGAGGGGGGGGAGGGGGGGGAGGAAGGCAGAAAGCGGUGGGGAGAGACAGAGAGACAGGGAGAGAGAAAGAGACGGAGAGAGAGAGAGAGAGACGGGGAGAGAGAGAAGGACAAAGUGUUUGUGUUUCCUGUAUAUUUCAAUAUGUAUGUCUAUGGAUAUGCCAAUAUAGAAAUACAACAUGUUCAAGGAGGAGUCUGUAGGGUAUUUAUGUUUAUGUUACCUAUCAACCAUGAGUUACCUAUCUUCCGGUGGUAUGUCAUGUGGAUUUUGUCAGCACUGUUUUUAUGAACUUUGUAGUAGUAUUGUAUACCUUGAUAUUGUAGAACUGCAGUUCUGUUUUCAUUAUACAUGAUAACUGAUGGCUGGGCCUGACAUGAAUUAUGGAAGGUGUCUGAACUCAGAGUAAUGUUCAUUUGGUCUUUGGUAGUCAGGGAUAGGAUAUAGAAUUCAGAACAAACUGUUUUGUGUUCCACCCAAUUCUGACUUUUACUUAGGAACGCUUCAGGCAUGUUUCUCUGUUCUUCUAUGAAUCGAAUGUUUUUCCUUGUGCUGAGUGUUGACAUUGUACAGGUGCCAAACUGUUUAUUAUUUUGAUUGUGGGGAAUGCUGUACUGAAUGUUUGUGAAGUGUAAUGCAAUUAUAGGUCAUUAACAAACGUUGCUUUGA